CAACACUAUAUAAACCACAAUCUUCUCCAUUUUUAUUCAUUCACAAAAGAGUAGUGUUUUGAUCUCAUUUAAGAGCAUUGAAGUCGAUCUCUAAGUAGUAUUGCGAUCGACUUUGCAGUGACCAAAUUAAAUGUUGCCCAAAAUGGCCAAGAUUUGGCCUCACGCAGUCUUUGCAUUGGCAUUGUGCUUUAUAGUCAGUAAUGUAGCAGCGGAGGACGACUAUUACAAGUCAACACCGCCUCCGUCGUGGCCUCUUCCACCGCCUAAAUACUACAAGUGGCUGCCACCACCUCGUGAUUAUUGGCAAUGGUCGCCAGAAACUCCUAAUUACUACUAUAAGUCCCCACCACCACCAUAUAUUUACAAGUCUCCACCUCCUCCAUCACCUUCACCCCCUCCACCAUACAUUUACAAUUCUCCUCCACCACCCUCUCCAUCACCACCUCCUCCCUAUAUCUAUAAAUCUCCACCACCCCCAUCUCCGUCGCCACCUGCACCUUAUGUCUACAAAUCUCCUCCUCCACCCUCCCCAUCACCACCUCCUCCCUAUAUCUAUAAAUCUCCACCACCCCCAUCUCCGUCGCCACCUCCACCUUAUGUCUACAAAUCUCCUCCUCCACCCUCCCCAUCACCACCUCCUCCAUAUGUCUACAAAUCACCCCCUCCCCCAUCUCCAUCUCCUCCACCUCCCUAUAUCUACAAGUCUCCUCCUCCACCCUCCCCAUCACCACCUCCUCCAUAUGUCUACCAAUCACCACCUCCCCCAUCUCCAUCUCCUCCACCUCCCUAUGUCUACAAGUCUCCUCCUCCACCCUCCCCAUCACCACCUCCUCCAUAUGUCUAUCAAUCACCACCGCCCCCAUCUCCAUCUCCUCCACCUCCCUAUGUCUACCAAUCACCACCUCCUCCAUAUGUCUAUCAAUCACCACCUCCCCCAUCUCCAUCUCCAUCUCCUCCACCUCCCUAUGUCUACAAGUCUCCUCCUCCACCCUCCCCAUCACCACCUCCUCCAUAUGUCUAUCAAUCACCACCUCCCCCAUCUCCUUCUCCUCCACCUCCCUAUGUCUACAAGUCUCCUCCUCCACCCUCCCCAUCACCUCCACCACCCUAUGUCUACAAGCCUCCCCCUCCUCCAUCACCAUCACCGCCUCCUCCCUAUGUGUAUAAGUCUCCACCACCACCAUCCCCUUCACCACCACCACCUCCUUAUGUAUAUAACUCUCCACCUCCCCCAUCUCCAUCACCACCACCACCAUAUGUCUACAAGUCCCCACCACCUCCUUCUCCAUUACCAUCACCACCAUAUGUCUACAAGUCUCCACCACCUCCUUCUCCAUCUCCACCUCCUCCUUACAUUUACAAGUCACCACCGCCUCCAUCACCAUCGCCUCCACCUCCCUAUGUUUACAAGUCCCCUCCUCCUCCUUCUCCUUCACCGCCACCUCCUUACUACUACAAAUCUCCACCCCCACCUCCUGCAUAUUAUUACACCUCUCCUCCACCUCCUGCUAUUUACUAGACAAAAAAAUUUCCUAAUAUGUUCAUCGAGGAAGGUGUAGCAACAACAUGGUGCUUUGCUCCUUUUUUUUUCUUUUUUGUCGAAAUUUUCUUUCGUUGAAUUGAUGAUUCUAUGUAUCGAGUUUAUUUAUCUUACUUUUGUUCAUGAUUGGAAUAAAAAAAUUAAUAAAGGCGUUUCUCUGA